UGAGCAUGCGCAGAGGUUUGUUGUGUUGCGGGGAUAGGAAGUUUGUAGGCCGGGUUCAUCUAUUAUGUAAAACCUCAAGAAAAGAAGACGUUGUUACAUAUCAGCAGAAAAAAACAUACUUUACGCUCCAUUGGGCUUUAAAUGGCUGAAUCUCUAGAAGGGGAACUGGAUUUGAAUCCAGAUGCAGCUGAUUUUGUGCCUGAAGAAAGACACAAGCAGAAGUCAAGGAGGGAGAACCCAAAGUCAGAGCACAACAGAAACAGGAGUGGUCACUACGCAGGUCCUCGAUCGCAGCAUUAUAACAGGCCGUAUCACAGUAACAGGCCUUGGCAUGAACAUGACUCCCGGAAGAGCCACAGUCCUUCUCAGGACCAUGCGGAGCGGGGAGAAGGCAAUAGAGGAGCUAGAAGCCACAGCUUUCAGGCACAGAGAUGGCAAAAGCCCGGAAGUGCAAGGAAUCUUCCAGCAGAUAUCCCUGACCCCUCUGGGGGCAACAGGACAGAGUCUUCCACUGAAGUGUCUGGAAUUGGUGGGUCAAACUGGAAGACGGAGAACCAGAGGGACAGUUAUUUCUACAAUGGCCCUCUUUCCCAAGAGGAGAUGAGAGAUGUAAGGCCCAAAAAGACAAACAAGUUUGCUGCUGCUGAGCCCAGGAGGGGGGCAAGCGAGAGGGGAAGAUGGGCUUUUGUCGGGGAGACCCGGACUGCGGAGGACUGGUCCAGCACGGUGUCCACAGAUGCUGGUAAAGAAGUUGAUGGGAAGGGUCAGAGGACGGGGGAAAGGUAUCGGGACCACAGCAUGAAGAAGAACUCCCCGAGGCACAGACAAGAGCACGAGGAGGAGACCUUUAGAAGACCAGCCUCCUACAGGAGCCUGGCAGGCAAACCCCACGCGGCUUCCUUCAGCACGUCAGAGGGGUUGAGCGCUUCCCGGUGUCCAGAGGAGCCCAGCUGGAGGAGCGAGAGGGGACACGGCAAGCGUUUUGCACUCCAAGACCGUGGUCCGAAGAAACCUCAAAAGGCGGACAGGAGGCCUGUUUAUAAAACGCAGGUGGACAUGCCCAAGAGCAAGGAAACGCAGACAGGCUGCUUGAUCGAACAGCUCACGGAGGAGAAGUACGAAUGCAUGGUCUGCUGUGAGGUGAUCCGGUUGAUGGCUCCAGUGUGGAGCUGCCAGAGUUGCUACCACGUCUUCCAUCUCAACUGUAUUAAAAAGUGGGCCAGGUCCCCAGCCUCUCAGGCAGAGGAUGGGAAUGAAGGGUGGAGGUGUCCUGCCUGCCAAAAUGUAGCAUCUCGUGUACCAAACUCUUACGCCUGCUUUUGUGGCAAGGUUAAUAACCCUGAGUGGCACAGAAAUGAGAUUCCACACAGUUGUGGAGAGCUGUGUGGUAAGAAGCGAUCUGCUUUGGACUGCCCCCACCCCUGCAACAUUUUGUGCCACCCAGGACCAUGCCCGUUAUGUCCUGCUUUUAUAACCAAAUCUUGUGUCUGUGGAAGAACAAGUCAACCUGUGCGCUGUGGCCAGUCCUCUGCAGUGCUCUGUUCUGAGGUGUGUGAAGAACUACUGAACUGUGGGAAGCACACCUGCACCCAAGUAUGCCAUGCUGGGAACUGCCCUCCAUGCCAGCUUCAGGUCACACAAGUCUGCUAUUGUGGAGCUGUUUCUCGGGAAGUGCUGUGUGGAACAGAUAAGGAUAACUUUGAUGGAUCUGGACACUUUUCUUGUCAGAAAUUAUGUGGAAAAAAGCUGGACUGUGAGAUCCACUGGUGCAGCCAGCUCUGCCACCCGCAGCCCUGCGAGUCCUGCCCCCGUCUCCCCCAGGCUGUGCGGACCUGUCCUUGCGGGCAGACUCCGCUGCUUAAGUUGAUGGAGCUGGGCUACUCCGAGCGCAGGAGCUGCACAGACGCAAUCCCUUCUUGCGGGAAGACCUGUGGCAGGCCACUGCCCUGCGGCUCUGCAGAUUCCAUUCAUUUCUGUGAAAAACUUUGCCAUGAAGAUAGCUGUGGUCCUUGUUCUUUGACUUCCAUCAUCAAAUGCAGAUGUGGCUUUAAAACCAAAGAAGUUCCGUGCUCCACCAUCCAAAGUGAAGGUGAGCUUGUGUUUACUUGUGAGAAGCGGUGCAACAAAAAGCGUUCUUGUGGCCGACACAAGUGUAAUGAACUUUGCUGUGUGGACAGGGAGCACAAGUGCUCUCUUAUCUGUGGGUAUAAACUGAACUGCGGUCUGCACCGGUGCCAGGAGCCUUGCCACCGGGGAAACUGCCAGCCCUGCUGGCAAACCAGCUUUGAUGAACUGACAUGCUAUUGUGGAGAAACGGUAAUCUACCCACCAAUCUCCUGUGGUACAAAACCACCUGAAUGCAAAAACCUUUGCACCAGAAAGCAUGAAUGUGAUCAUCCAGUGUUUCAUAACUGUCACAGCGAGGAGACAUGCCCUCCUUGUACCUACCUCACCCAGAAAUGGUGUAUGGGAAACCAUGAACAAAGGAGCAAUAUUCCCUGUCACCUAACCGACAUUUCCUGCGGCCUGACCUGUAACAAAGCUUUGCCAUGUGGGAUGCACAAGUGUCGAAGGAUCUGCCACAGAGGGGAGUGCGUGACGGAGGAGCUCUGUAAACAGCCCUGUUCUACCGCGAGGCAGGAGUGUGGUCACCCAUGUGCUGCACCGUGCCACCCAGACUCUCCCUGUCCACGGACACCCUGCCCUGCCAAGGUGGCGCUUCAGUGCGAUUGUGGGCGCAGAAAGGAGACCAUGAUUUGCUCUGAGGCCUCAAGCUCAUACCAGAGAAUAACUGCUAUAGCCAUGGCCAGCCGCCUUUCUGAUCUGCAGCCUGGAGACUCUGUAGAAAUUGGACAGCUGGUUACAAAGAAGGAAAUGAAAAAAGCCAGGUUGGAAUGUGAUGAGGAGUGUGCAUCUCUCGAAAGAGUCAGGCGCUUUGCUGAGGCUCUGCAGAUAGACCAGAGUGCAGAUCCUUUCAACAUCCGCAACUCUUCCACCAAGUAUAGUGACAGCCUGAAGGAUGAUGCAAGGAAGGACUUAAAGUUUGUAAGUGAAGUGGAGGAGGAAAUGAAAAACUUAGUAGAACUGGCAAGUAAAGGAAAGCAAACAAAAAGGAGCCAUUGCUUCCCUCCAAUGAACAGAGAGCAUCGCAAGAUCAUCCAUGAAUUGGCGGAAGUCUAUGGGAUUGAGAGUGUGAGCUAUGACAGUGAACCAAAGCGCAAUGUAGUUAUUACAGCAGUGAGGGGAAAGUCUGCCUGUCCUAACAUUACACUAACGGCACUGAUAGAGCGAGAAGCUGCAGUGAGACCUCCACCCCCAAUCCCUCACAUUAAACAGCAGAGUAAUAACCUCAUCGAAUUCAGGGUCGAGGGGAGCCGGAGCCUGUCUUGGAAAGGGGUACAACCUGGACAGGAUGCCAGGGCACACAUAAACACAAACACGCAAGGCCCCAGCUCAGAGAGGCAGCAAUGCCAACCAAAGUGCCACUGUGCUGCCCAAGGGCUUUCUUGUAUGUACUGCCCGCUUCAAGUCCCCCCACAGCAUUUCUAUGAGGUUAAGAUCUGGGCUUUGACUUGGCCAUUCCAUAACGCUCCAAUUUUUCUUUUUGAGCCAUUUUUUGUGGAAUUGUUUGUCUGUAAAUCCCUUGAUGUUAUUCUGGGGCUAGACUUCCUGCAGCAUCUUUUUGUCAGCUCUUGGGCUGAAUUUGGUGAGACGACCUGGCCUGGAUAGAUUUCCAGUGAUUUGAAAUUUUCUCCAUUUGUAGUUGAUCUUUUGGACAGUGGAGUGAUUGACUACAAAUUGCUUGGAAAUGGCUUUAAAACCCUUCCCAGACUCAAAGGCAUCAACAAUCUUUCCUCUGAGGGCCUUAGAGAGCUCUUGAUCUUGGCAAGAUGUAGCCACACACCUCAAAUGCUAAGACCAACCAAACCACAGAUUUCUGAUGUUUAUUUAAGACAGUGCCCUCCAAGUUACUCUCUAACAAUGUUGUAAUCAUUUGCACCUGUUUUGGUGCACCUGAUUCUAAUUUUAGGCAUUUGAUGCAAUGAUAAAGGUAGGGGUGUACUAACUUUUUCCACACAAGGAAAUUUCUGUUGAUUUAAAUAGUACAAAUGAGUGAUUUUUCAAUGUGACCUAAUUUUAAAAAAAUAACCUUUAUCUAUCAAUAUUGUUGAAAUGACGAUCAAAUAUCUUUUUGUCCCAAACUGUAAAAAAAGAUAAACCUUUUCAUGGGGUGUAUUUACUUUUUCAUACUGCUGUAGCUAUGUUCUUUUUUUCCGUAAUGUUCUUUUCACAGAAAAUUAUGUAAUUCCUUUUAUUGGGAAAAGAAACAUUUCUAGUUUAAUGAGGUAUGUUCUCUGACUUGCUUUGUUUCAGGACUGGCAACGGCAGCAGUUGGCACAAGCCCAUGCAGGAGAAACCCGUGAUUGACUACUUCGAUGUUCAGGAUUAAAAGAAGUGAUUACCGUGAAAAAAGGAAUGCAUCAUUAACGUACAUACAUAGACAUGCUCUGCCAAACAAAUACCGAACUGACAGUUUUUUUUGGCCAGAUCAAAAUGCGAGACUUCCUUCUUUACUGCAGUUGUUUGCAGCAGGGAAGGCACACUGGCUCUGUGCAGUCAAAUAUUACGGUUUAUAGCUUGACCCUCUGUUCUUCCAAUUUGUGUGUAUUCUUGACCACUUCUUAUUGUUGUCAUCUCUGUAUGGGAGUGAAAACAUUAUGCCCUAUUUAACGGUUAAGUCUAUAUCAUUUGGUACAUAGUGACUCCAGAAUUGUUGCAUGUAUGAAAAGAUUAAUAGGACAGUAUUGGAAAUGGAACUACCAGUGCAUUACCUUAGAUUGUUGACUUGGCAAUCAUUUGUGUGUUGCAUUUGAUAUUUAAGGAAAGCACGACUCCACUAAAGCCUCUUCUGUGCUCAGUCACAAUUUUUGCCGAGUCGACAAUGUAAUUAGUUUUGUUCCUGUAGUCAAUUUAUCUUUGGUCAUUCCUAGUUUGUGUGCUUUAAACUUUGCAUUUAAUUCUUGCCACGUGCCUUCUUGGGUUUAAAUUGGGUGAUUUUGGUUUUAGAAUCUGUGAAUUGUGCUCUGAAGAAACCAGUGAUGUUCAUUCAGCAUAAGUAGUUGUCAAAUUACAGAUGUCUCUCAGUCCCCAUGCCACGGUGCCUUCUUCAUACUCAAUAGGAAAUUAUUGUGACUUUCAAGCAGACAUUUCUCCCUUACUGUUGAAAAAAACUUUAAAAUGUUUCAUAUACUGUACAACAUAAUUUGAAUUUGACAAAUGAUGUUUUAGAAAUACAGAUAUUUUAACGGUCUGCGUUUCUUCUGUUUGGCAGCCUCUUUUCACUGUUUUCUAGCUGCACUAAGUUUGUUGGCUGAGCAAUAAUCAUCUUUUACCUUUUUAUCAGGCCUCCUUUAAUAUUAUACCACUUAUGAAAGUGCCCCAGCUUCAGAAUAUUAAAUAUGUCUUUGUCAUAAUAAUAAUUCAUAAUUAUAACAUAAUUCCUAAAAUUGACAGAUUAAGACUUCCCAUCUUCUGAAGUCAACCUAAAGGAGCAUUCAUUAGUCAUAUUUCCUACUUAAAAUGAACUUGACGUGUCUUUUAAGAGUUGUAACAAGUAAAAGCUAUGACAAGGUAUGAGGGCAGUUCGGUCUUUGAGUUGGUAUACACCUAUUAUGCUAUUGUCACAUGAAUGGUAAAAGCCUGAAUAUUUUCUGUAUUUGCUGAUAACUCGGAGAGCCUCUGCAGAUCUGCUGAUCAACAGACAAUCUGUGGUUGUUUUUAAUAAUAAAAGGGUGUGGUGCUUUCAGACUUGCCAGUUCAAUGUGUGUGGCCUUCUGUUUAUCAAUUUGCACGUUUGCAUCAAUUUGUAUGAUAAAGCUUUCCUGCUUAAGAAAUAAAAUUUUCUCAUAUCCAGCAGCCAA